AUGGAGACAUCGGCUGCACGGGCAUCCUACUCGUCCAUGCCUACGACUGCGACAGGUGCCGCGGCUGUGGAGCCGGGCGUGAGCGAGUUUGACUCCUUUAUUCACUCCGAUCUGUGUGCCGGUGUGAGUGGUGCGCCCGAGGUCCCGCCGAACAAUUUUGGCUUCAUGCCGCCAUUUGCCAUGUCGGGCGCGAUGCCGCUGGGAAAGCCGGCUUUUGAGCAGGCAUCGACCACGCCCGACGAGCUGCCGAGCCUCACGCUCGAGUGGAACGGCGCCUCGGGCUCCCCGGCGACGCCGGCAGGCACGGCGCUGGGCCCGGGCGAGUCGUGUGCAUUCAACCAGACGCAGGUGUGGGCGCCCGCGGCGUCCUCGAGUCCCCAAGGCGGCGCGCUUGCCAGCUUCUCGAUGGCGACCAAGCCGGACCCCGACGCGCCGCCGCUCUCGCUGCUGCUCAAGGACGAGAACGCGAUGGGCACGCCGUGGGUGCACAAUGCGCCGAGCGAUGCUGCUGUGGACAAGCGCCGCAAGCUCUCUUACCCCCUUCCCCAGGGGCCCCCUGCCGAGGUGCGGCCACGCGCAAUGACCACGCCGGACAUGAGCAAGCGCGAGUCGCCCGAAGCGCUGACCCCUGCGCAGGGCAGCACACGUACGCGCAAGCCACAGGGUGCGGCGCGGCGACCGCCGCCGAGUGCGUCGCAAGUAACAGAGGCCGGCCAGCCUUUCCCUGUGAUUGAUACCUCGGCGAAGCACUCGUCGCUCUUCAUCCCCCCAGACACGUCGGGCCUGACGAAACGCGAGGCGCGUCUUGUAAAGAACCGUGCAGCAGCGUUCCUCUCGCGUCAGCGCAAGCGCGAGCAGUUUGAGGAGCUCGGCGGGAAGUGUAAAGUGUUGGCACGCCUCGCGUGGAUUCUCUACGAGUCCCUUGCGCAGAUCAGCAGCCGGUCGCAGAUGUACCCCCAGGGCGCGAACACGAUGGAGCGCAUGCUCGCUACGACGCCGCUUGGCGAGCAGCUCAAGCACGAGAGCGACGACUUGCGCGCCGUCUUUCACCAGCUCAUCUCGCAGCAGGGCGCCAUGGUGUUUGACAGCCACUACGCCGAGGGCAACGAGUGCUGCCCCAAGGGCAGUCCGCCCCCGGCCGAGUCCGAUCUCCGCGCACAGCUCAGCGCGGCAAAGCACGAGGCCGAGGCAGCACGCAGCGAGUGCGCCGCCCUCCGCGCGGAGCUCGCACGCGUAAAAGAGGCGCAGGCGCCGCCGCUGCCGACGACGACGCUCCCCGAACUCUCGCAGCCCACGGCGCUCUUUUUCCUCGUCGGCAUCGCGCUCGUGCGGUGGCGCACGACCGGCUCCAUUCCCCCGGAGCUCCUGCACGAGAUGCAGACGCACGCCGCCGACGCGCCGCUCCAGGAGCUCUUUGGCGAUGAGAACAAGGGGCUCGUGCACCUGCGCGUCUCGUCGCGCGACAGCGAGGCCGUGCUCUGCACGCUCACCACCGAGCCCGAGGACCGCGCACGGAGCGCCACGCCAGAGCACGCGCACGGUGACGGGGGGAGCGACACGUCGGUCCCCUCGCUGUCGUCCGCGUCGCCGACGCUCAGCUCGCUCUCGACGAGCAGUGCAUCGACGCGCCGCACGCGCCGCGUGCUUGCGUUCUGCGCAGAUGCGCAGAGCAAGGCACAGCCCGUGGCCUACCUCGACGCGCACCUCCUCCGGAACCUGCGCCCGGUGCCGCUCGACGGCUGGGCCGCAGAGCACGGCGCGCGGCUCCUGUGCCACAAAAACACGCUCACCCAGGAGGCGGUGCACGCGCUGGGCCCGUGCCUCGCGCGCGCCGACCUCUCGGCGAGCUUUUUGCUGGUCGCCUCGUUGGAAGACGAGGCGAACGUGCACCUCGCACUCUAUGCACGCGACGCGCCCGAACGCGCCCCGCCGACCCCGGCGGUUUCGCGCGUGGCCGACGCAAUCCAAGACGCCAUCCGGUCACUGGGACCGGAGGCGGAUGUUGCUGAGCAUGGCGGCGACCUGCUCCCCCACCCUUUUGCGCCCAAGGCCAGCGCCGAGGAGCGCCCGCCGAGCGUCUUCCAGGUCACCUUUCGGCCGUAG